CCUGAGGAAGAGGAGGAGGAGGUGGCGGCGGGAGGCUGCAUAAGAAAGCAGCUCCACCCUGGAUCUGAGUGCAAGAGCAGAGAGCAGCAGCAGCCGCCGCAGCAGAAAGCUCCCAUCAGCAGGUCAGAUCCUGUCCUGAUCUGGAUCUAGCUUCAGCAGAGCACCGACCGGACGGCUGAGAGUGACCUCCCAUCACCCCGCUCAGAUAUGCUCUCCCUGGGACUCGGCGUGUCUCUGCUGGCCGUGACCUGUGCCCUGUGGCCGCCCGCUGUCCGGGCGGCCGCCUGCGAACCGGUCCGGAUCCCGCUUUGUCGGUCCAUGCCGUGGAACAUGACCAAGAUGCCGAACCACCUCCACCACAGCACGCAGGACAACGCGGUGCUGGCCAUCGAGCAGUUUGAGGGGCUGCUGGGUACUGGAUGCAGUCCGGAUUUACUCUUUUUCCUGUGUGCCAUGUACGCCCCUAUCUGCACCAUCGACUUUCAGCACGAGCCCAUCAAGCCCUGCAAGGCGGUGUGUGAACGAGCAAAGACCGGCUGUGAGCCGGUGAUGAAGCGGUACAACCACAGCUGGCCCGACAGCCUGGCCUGCAGCGAGCUGCCAUUGUACGACCGUGGGGUUUGCAUCUCCCCGGAGGCCAUCGUCAAGGCAGAAGGACCAG